AUGUGCUCUUUUUUUAAUAUUAAAUUAAUUAUGUUUGACUCAUUGUAGCUAAUUUUGUAAAGCCAAUAAAAAAUCCUGCCAAACUGAGUUUUGUGACAAGAUGCUGCUUUUAAACACUAAACAUUUGUUAGCAUGUUAAGAAAUGUUUUAAUCCAGUCACAAGUUCAAUUUCUGCCUGGAAAAAGACUUCAUACGUGCCUUCGUGUAGCCGGAUUCAGAUCAUUUGUAUUUUUUAGUCUCCACUGAUAUUAUCUGUGUAUGUGUGAAUAGUCAAACUUAAUAUUUCUAGCAAAAAAAAAAGAGAAAAAAAUUCUCCAACUACGUCACUGCUAUCAAUCUAAUGACGUGAAUGUGUGGUUCUUGUGUGUGUGUGUGUGUCAGGGAGGGAGGGAGGCUGAAACACACAGGUUGAUGAGUGAUCUAGUGGCUAUAUAAGGUUGUGUCCACUGGGAAACAGAAAACCAGGAGACACAAAGCUGACAAAUUGAAGCGUCUUUUGCCAUUUAAAGCUGCUUUGAUUAAACUCUCCCUACAACAACAAAAAUAGGAUCUGCAGCUCUGACCAGACCUGAGGUGGAACUCAACUGACCCACCUGUGCAGCACAAUUCAGCCGCCGCCUUUAGUUAGCUGCAGCCUGAGAGAGGGAAAAAAAUGCUGUGGAGAGUGACUCUUGCCGUGGCCGUGGUGUGCAUCGGAGGCAUAUGCAGCUGUGUGAAGGCUGAUGUGAUGAGCAGACUGAUCGUACCCAGGGACUAUGGAGUGAAACUGUGUGGGAGAGAGUUUAUCAGAGCUGUCAUAUUCACCUGUGGCGGCUCUCGGUGGAAACGAUCCAUAGAUGGAGACUUAGACCCCUUCCAGUGGGAUUCCCCCAGUGAUGUUACAGCAGAAGACAACCAGCGGACCUGGAAUCGUGGCACAGAGCUUACAGACAACUCUCCCCUCCCUGUUGCCUCCUCGUACUCCCUGGCAGACCUCCUGAGGCUUUUCAGAACCACAAAGGACAGGCAGCAGCCGUCUCUGAGCAUCCCAGCCCUGACUAGGGAGACCUCAGAUUUAGGUGAGCAGGAGGGGAACUUAGAUGCGGCCGACUGGCCCAUACCAAGCAAGAAGAAGAGGAACUUUUCUCUGGGAGUGGCAGGGAUGUGCUGUAGCCAGGGCUGCACCAAGAAUGAUAUUGGACGCUUGUGUUGAAGCAGAGUGGUGGAGGGAUGAAGGGGUCGUGACAUGUCUGGUGUAAUGUGCUGUAAUGGGAAGUGUAAAUUCAUGGGUAGAUGUAGAUCUUAAAGGAGGGUUAGACUACAUCUGCUGUUAAAUAUGCUCUAAUAAGCUGUUACAGCUCGUCUUAAUGCACUCAUCACAUCAGUUCAGCUUCAUCCUUUUCUGUUAUGCUGUUUUCUUCAUUCAUCUCACUUAUUUGAUUUAACAAAUAUCCUGCUCUGUAUGUACUGCAAGUCACCAUCCCUGUAUACUGGAAUAAAUUUUCAA